AUGAAGGCAUCUAAAGACAAUUCAAAAACGAGAUUUGGUCAUCAUGAGUCUUCAAAUAAUCUUCAUAAAGUUGAUCAGACUAUAAGCAGUCCAGAGCUUGUAUUACCGAAGCUUUGGACCACUCUUAAAAAAUCGGACAAGCAUAUCGCCCUUGACCGUAUUUGGAAAUCACCACGAGACGGUGCUUCGGCAUCGGAAUCGAAUUUACCUGAUAAACGCGAUGAAGAGAUAAGGAAUAUAGAUCAAAUUGAUAAAAGAACCUUAGCUGAAGGUGACAGUUCCAGUCCUGUAAUGCAGAAUUCUUCAAAUUCUUCGAAAAAGAGCUCUAAAAAUGUGCAAGAGAGCCAAAAAUAUGAAGGAUAUAAACAUGAGAAGUCUGGUACAUUUUGUGAUAACCAGUGUGCUUCGAAGAAAACUAAUCUCACUGAAGCCGAUAUAAAGGAGUUGGGGGACCGCAAUGAAUUACUUUUGCGGGAAAUGGAACGCUUUGACCGUCUUACUAGGAAUAUUCAAAGGCUGGUUGGUCCUGAAAUAUAUCAAGUAAAGUUAAAAGAUUGUCAGCAAAUGGAUAAAAUUCCUAAUAAAAUAUACGGUGUAUACAUCCUUUACAAGGAGUUAAUGACGAAGGAUCAAAACUUGGAGACUUGUCGAGCUCAGAUCAAAAGGCUUCAAGGCGAACUAAAAUUAAUGAACAAAGAGAAUGCUAUGCUUCAUGAGAGAUUAAAUAGAAAUAAUCCAGAGGAAGACGAAAGAAUUCCGGUAAAGGACGCCGAAGAGCUGCUUAUAAAAUUAAACAAUUACAAUAAUACAACGGUUGAUAUUGAAAAACAACUUGUUGGUUUGGAAUUGGAAGUACGUAAUAUAAGAGUAGAAAUGGCUGACGUUAAAGCGGCUGCUGGUAGCGCUUGCCGUGGUGGCGGGGGUCAGAAUACAUGCUUUCAACAACCGUGUGGAGUCUGCCCGCCAUGUCCAGCACCAUGCAACCCCAACGCACCUCCGACGCCAGCCGAAAGGGAAGUGCAGAAACUUACUAUACAAUUACGACAAACAGAAGAAAAUUUUAAGACUAAAGUGACUGAGUGCGCGUUGCUGAGAACAGAGUUACUUAAAAAAAAGGAAGAGUUGGAGAAGGAACGAUGUCAACAUCGCGAAGUUCAAAAUAAGCUUCGUGAACUAGAAAUGAAAUUUGAAGGUCUCACUACCCACACGAAUAUGUUGUUGGGAACAAAAGAACAGGCCUUCGAGCAAGAAGUUAAUGUGAGGGCCUUGAAGCAAUGUUACCGUGAAGCUAGGGAAGAAAUUGAUGAACUUAGGACUUUAAUGAAGGAACAGAACAAUCAGUUGCAAGAUUACAGAGUUAAGUAUCUCCAAGCCCAACAACUAGUUGAAGAACAACGAAGGCAGAUGGACAUGAUGGAUAUGGAUAACACCAGAAUAAGUGAACAAAUAAAUCUUGAGAUUCAACGUGUGAAGCUCAAAUUUCAAGAAAAGUUGCAAGAACUGGCCCCAAUCCCUGAUUUAUUGAAAGCAACGCAGUUGAAGUUAAAAGAUGCUCAACAAUCGCAAGCUAUAGCAGAGCAUAAUGCUGAACAACUAGCCAGGGAGUUAAAUUCAGCAAGAGAAAAGGUUCAUGUGCUUUUACACAAUAGUUUAAAACCACCAGAGAAGGGUCCUGAACGUGGUGCUGAUGAAAAACAAAUGGCACUGUUGCAACAAAGAAUAGCACAAUUAACUGAAAUGAAUAUGAGUCUUAAAAAUGAAAUUGAACGUCUCAAGUCUAACGUAAUACGAAUGGAAGAAUCGGUACUGGCGAAUGAAAAGCGUCUCCAAGAGAAAAUGCAUGAGUGCGCUCAGAUUGGCGGUGAAUUGGACCGAGCACGUGACGAGGCAGCUAGAGCAUUGCAACGAGCCAACGAACGUACAGAGACCUUGCGCAAAUGCAUGCAGACUACAAUAGGUGAACUAGAAAGACAGCUGGCUGCAACGAGAGCACAAGUGAAAACAGCAGAAAAAGAGAGGGAAGAAUUGCAAUGUCGUAUGCAGUGCCAGAUAAAGAGGUUGAAUGAAAACUUUGAACAGGCGCAAUUACGUGUGCUUGGUUUGCAGACACAGGUUCAGACUCUCAGGCGAACUGUAUCUAGUACUGGGGAUGGUGAGGGCGAUGGAGAGGAUCAACAGGAAUGUGCAUGCAAAACCUUUUUCGAUAAUCCAUAG